AUGAGUGCAAUGGAUGUGUACAGCUUCCAACAACUUCACACCACGGGAUACUACGGGCAACAGAUGCCUUCGAUCGAAGAACAAGAGUGCGAUAGCUACUACUACAACGGAUACUACAACGGAUACUACACGUUCUUCGAUGGAGCUGAACAGAGCGAACAGAAUUCACCCCAGAGUCGUCCACAGUCCACCGGUAUCGUCAGUGAUCGUAGCGAAACUGGCACAGAAACGGGCAUGUGACGACGCAAGCUGAAGACACUUGUAGCACCAUCAGCAGCAGCAGCAGCAGCAAUCCUUCGGAGUGACACCCCGGUAAAUGGCGUUGAAUCGGUGGCGCCGGUCAAGCAGAGGAGAAGCAAGCGUACCGGUGUGGUGCCGGUUGUGGUGAAGAAGAAGCGGCGCCUGGCAGCGAAUGCUCGCGAACGGAAGCGGAUGAAGGGCCUGAACGAGGCGUUCGAUCGAUUGCGUCAGUAUCUGCCUUCGCUCGGGGAUGAUCGACAGUUUUCGAAGCACGAAACUCUGCAAAUGGCCCAAACGUACAUCAGCGCACUGGCGGAGCUGUUGGUUUGA